AUGCCAUUGCAGUAUGUCGACCUCAGGCGACUUCUGAAUAUCUUUUUCCUAUGCCUAGUUUACUUUGAGCUAUGCGAUGGAGAAUAUGUCGUGCCGACGAGAACGGCCAUCACAGAUAUAUCGGCUAUGUGCAGCAGUCAAGGAAUCACCUCCUCUAUCGUUUUUGAUGGUCCGUUUUCCGGCAAAAUUUAUUCUCCGGACUAUGCCACAGUGCGUGAGUGCAUCUACUAUGAUGGACAGAACCAAGAAAACGUGCUUUUCUCGAUUCCUGUGCAUCGUUGCGGAACGCGGCUCACUCGGACGAGCCGAAAUUUAGUAGAUCAGAUGGAAAGUCGUGUAUACGUGCAGAUGGAACACGAGGCACAAACGGCUCAGGAUCAACAAUUUUUGUUCGUUUGUCAGUUGGCUGGUGCUAAAGUUGGUGCAGAAUCGGCUUACGAACCAUCACAGUUUCGAGUAUCGACUCAUGUGCGGCCGGUGCAGGUUUCCGCUUUUUCUGUCGACGGCCACUUUGGCAACUGGCCAAUCCCAGGCGCUCGCCCUUAUUCAGCAUCGGUUGCACCAGUCGCAACGCCACCAUUCGCUGCAGCGGCAGAUCUUCCAGCCAAAAUUCAAGGCUCGGAUGGAUAUGCUAUUUCUCCAGCACGUAAUCCUUCUGUCACAAAUUCUAAAGAUCUCUCAAAUCACUUGAGCUCUGCAAUUGUUCCAGCUCGAAUAGACACUCAAUCAGUGCAGAAACCAAAUAUAUUUCUGGAGCCGGUCAAGACUGCUGCCAGCCCUCCUGGGGUCUUAAGGAGUCUUUCAGUCACACAAGUUGCACAGAAGUCUGCCGAACCGCAAACUGGGCUCUAUGUCACACCGGAGGAACCACGGAUGGUCACCUCGAGGCUGGUGUCAACUCAGGAAUAUCACGCACCAACUGAGCUUUCUCUAGAAGUCCAACAAGGAAACGGACCCUUCGCACCCGCAGUUAACUCACCUUUGAAGAUUGGUGACAAUAUCACUCUGGUAGUCCGAUCAAAAAGUAGCCAGGAAUAUGACAUGUUUGUCCACUCAUGCUUCGCAUCGAAUGGUCAGGGAAACGAGAAGAUCGAUCUGAUCGAUGAAAACGGGUGUGCAAGUCAUCCUCAGUUUGCUUCACCGCUGAACAGAACAAAAGAUCCAUCUGGAAUAAUGUACUACUUCUUUCGAAUAACAGCCUUCAAAUUCCCUGGUCCGAACGACGUUUAUUUCUCAUGUUCAAUUGAAAUGACUCCAUUCAGAGAUGCUCCGGUACUCGUAACUCCUUUCCUACUGGAUCUAUUCAUCAUGAACUCAAAAUCGACUGAAAGUGCAGAUAUGGCCCUUCUAGAAUCUCUUUCCUUUUCGUCAUGUCUAAAGUGUGCGAGCGGUAACGGCGAACACAAUAGAUGA